CUUCUCCCCUAAAAAAAAAAGAAAACAGAAAACAAAACCCAAUACCAGGUCUCUCUUCCCACAAAUAUGCACACAGCCGCGGUGGAGCUCCCGCACAUUUGUUUCCCUCCCUUCGUUAUUCUAUCCACGCAAGUCCGCGAGGCGACCAAGGCCGGAAGCGAGCAUGGAAGUCGAGAGAAGCAGCACCGACGCCGCAAGGGACCCGGCGCCGUCGUCGUCCUCAUCGCUGGCCGACCUGGAGACCGCCAAGAGGCGGCCGCGGCGGCUUCCAAGCCGCCCAAAGAGCUUCGUGCCAGCCGUCUGCGUCCUGGCCGCGACGGUGCUCGCAGUCGUCGUCUUCUCCGCCGACUCGCCCUGGUCCUUCCUGCAAGACGCACCUCCAUCUGACCUCACCGCCGACCAGCUCCUCGACGGCCUGCUCACCGCAGAAUUCAGCAAGCGGUCGUGCCGGAGCCGGUACGAGUUCGCCAGCUACCACGAGAAGAAGAAGAACGCAUCGCAUAAACCAUCCCCCUACUUACUUGGCAAGCUCCGGAGGCACGAAGCCCUACAGAAGCGGUGCGGCCCUGGCACAGCCCCGUAUAGGGCGGCGGUCCGGCAGCUCAAGUCCGGUAAGGGCGCUGCCGCCACGGACUGCCGCUACCUCAUUUCCAUUAGCUACCGCGGCCUCGGCAACCGAAUGCUCGCCACCGCUUCGGCCUUCCUCUACGCCGUGCUCACGGACCGUGUCCUCCUCAUCCACCAGUACAAGCAGGACAUCAGCGCCCUCUUCUGCGAGCCCUUCCCUGGGACGACGUGGCUGCUGCCCUCUGGCAGGAGUUUCCCUUUGGGGCACCUCAGGGACUACGGCAUCGGCUCCAACGAGAGCCUCGGCAACAUGCUAAAAGCCAACGUCAUCUCCGUGGGUGCCCACGGGAACGCGUCGUGGUCGGACGGCGGUGAUCGCCGGCCGCCGUUCGUCUACCUGCACCUCGAGGGCGGCUACGACUUCCACGACAAGCUCUUCUACUGCGACGAGCAUCAGCUGCUCCUCCACGGCGCGCCGUGGUUGCUGAUGAAGACGGAUAGCUACCUCGUCCCGGGGCUCUUCCUCGUCCCGUCGUUCCAGGACGAGUUGGGCAGGAUGUUCCCGGAGAAGGACAUGGCGUUCUUCCACCUCGGACGGUACUUGUUCCACCCGGUUAACGACGUCUGGCGCGCAGUCACCAGUUACUACCGCACCAACCUCGCAGGCGUUGGCCAGCGUGUCGGCAUACAGAUCCGGGUGUUCCAGAAGAAGCCGACGCCGCUACAACACAUACUGGACCAGGUCCUCUCGUGCGUCCGCAGGGAGAAGCUUCUCCCGGAGAUCACGUCGUCGUCCAAGAUCAACGCAUCCGACCAGGCUAUCCUGGUCACUUCCUUGAGCGCGUGGUACUACGAGAGGAUCAGGGAGGAGUACGGCGGAGGCAGGGUCGCCGGCGGCGUGCACCAGCCGAGUCACGAGGGGCGGCAGAAGUGGGGGGACACGUCCCACGACAGGAGGGCGCUGAGUGAGAUGUACCUGCUCAGCACCUGCGACGUGCUCGUCACCACCGGCUUCUCGACGUUCGGGUACGUCGCGCAGGGGCUUGGCGGGAUACGACCGUGGAUCAUGCCCAGCACACCCAUCUGGUCCGAGUCCGACUUGGCUGAGAAAAAGGAGGUACCGGAACCACCGUGUGUGCGAGCGAUGUCCGUCGAGCCGUGCUUCCACUCACCGUCCUACUAUGACUGCACGGCGAGGAGGGACGUGGAUGUGGGGAAGGUGGUGCCGUAUGUGCGGCACUGUGAGGACGUGAGCUGGGGGAUCAAGAUUGCCAACCAAAGCAGCUAGCCAGUGCUAACUUGUAGGGAAUAUAUAUAUUGUCUCAUAUAAAGGCAUCACAGGUUCUAGCUAGGUGGUUAAUCUAGCUAGUGUAGAUGAAACAAAUAGAAUUGUUCCCCAGCGCCAACACCCUCCACCUGUACGACAAGACACUCACAAUCUCAAAACAUGCCCCAAUUGGGCCCAAAAACACCAUGCAUUUAGUCAUCGCAGUCCGCCCUUAUAUCCAAUCUACUAAAAACGCCAUGACACACAACGAGCAUGUGAUUGCACUGGAGCACAUACCAAGAACGACUCCCGGCUUUCGGACAAAGUAUGAAAUAUAUUGGGUGCAAACCCAAAACGUUAAUUCUUUCAGGUCGCAAGUGUUGCAUCGUUCAUUAUUAUCAACAAACAAAAACAUGCAUCUCGAUUGGCAAGCACGGACGAAUUCUAGCUCAUAACGUAGCUGCCAAGAUACAAUUAAUUGUGUGCAAAGCGGAACAACACAUGCAGUUCACAUGGUUUAUCGCUCGGAGAAGUCUGUUUUUUACUAUUUCACUUUGGCACUGUGUAAGCUCGCUAAGUGCCCAAUCCGCUUGAAGAGCUAUGCGAGGUCAAGUAGUCCAAUAACCAAAUAAAAGCAUUACAAGGUGCUCCCUUCGUUUUUAUUUACUCUGCAUAUUAGAGUUGACUAAAGUCAAACUUCAUAAAGUUUAACCAAGUUUAUAGAAGAAAAUAUAAACACUUAUCGUUCAAAUUUAUAUGAUGUGAAAGUACAUUCAAUAAUAAAUCUAAUAAUAUUAAUUAUUUAUUGUAUAUGUUAAUAUUUUUGUUUAUAAACUUUGUCAGAGUUUAUAAAGCUUGACUUUGACCAAAUCAAAUAUGCAGACUAAAUAAAAACGAAGGGAAUACUAUACACAAACAAAGAAAGGGACAACUAAUCAUAUCAUAAAUGCUCAAGUUUUAAUAUUUCGCAUGCAAUCCCAAUGUCUUGUCAUAGAGGCAAAAAAGCGCAACUACAAAAGUCAUAGCGAGUGAAGAAACUGCAGAGAUGGGCCAUAUCAAGGCGAAGGGGCAAAUUAUCCGAGGUCACUCACUGUGAUCAACCUCGUCAUUCAAAGUGGGAAAGGUGGGAGGCCAGAUAGUCAUAAGGGGAAAGAUAGUUGUACAAUAUAUACCCUACAGCCUGAUCUCAUAUACCGUCUCCCUCCUGCUCCUCAUAUCAACAGAAAUGAUAGCUCUACUUUCAGAAAGACGUUUUUGCGUGAACUGCAAACACGUUUUGCGGGCCGGGAGGAUGCGGGGUCUGCUAGAGUUGCUCUUAGCUAGACCAGGGGCUGAGCUGGGGUCCCCGGCAACUAGGGCCAUGGCCCGGAUUGCAACGAAAACUCCGGCCCAUCUUCUACGUGGAAAAAUAUUGACCCGGGAUGCAGCGCAAGUUUUGGUCAGCCCAAUGCAACUCGCUCGCCCAGGAGAACAUGAGAGCGAGGACCAGGGUUGGGACUGUGUCCCGUCGCUCGCUGCCCCCCUCUGCUCGCUCGAUGCAUCGCUUGGCCGUUGCGGCAGGGGCGCGCCGCCGCCCCCGGCCCACGUCGCCUCCUCCAGUCUCCAGAGGUUCCAGUCCUCCGCCUCGCGGGACCGUCGGCCGGCGACCUGGCGCCGCCCGAUUUCUGCUGGUCGGAGAACCACUCCUGCUGCUGAUUACUCCUCGUUGUCGGAGUUGUAUGGAAGCAGGAGACCAUCAAAUCGGCCAACUGCAUAAAUUCUUGCUACUGAAGAGAAAACUGCAGAAGAGACCACCAAAUGUCGGAUCUUGAUUGCCGCUGGUCGGAGAAGAACUCCUGGUCCUGAUUGCUCAUCGGCGCUUCUGCAGCUCUCCUCGGCUAGCCAACCUGGUAAUGUUUUGUUUUAGGAACAAAAUAGGAAGAACAACUGACUAUAUGGUUUACCAAUUGUUUGCCACUGAUUUCACAUUUUAGGUCUAAAGAUGAAUAUAUUUUAUCUAUUAAUAAUCUCAACACUGAAGCAAAUAAGAAAUGCAAAUCUCAAACCUAAUAAGCUCCUACAACCGAGCUUUCUAUGCCAUUACAACAGCUUUUCUUUGGUAGUUUUUUUUUGACCUAACAUUUUUGCCCCUCCAAUCCUUGCUACACCACUGUACUAUACUAUAUAUAAACUGAAAUUAUUUCUAAAUGUAGAAAUAGUAUCGUCAACACAGGCCCAUUUAGGUGGCUUACAGCCAUCCCGAGUAAUCAAAUAUAACGUGCCCCCUUGCACCCAACGAUAUAUUAUACGAAUUUCUUACACACUAUCACUAUUCUCUCUCUCCACGGCUGUUUACGUCAAUUCUAAACAAAGGGCCCUUGCUGCUCAAACUGAAAGAAACUGUGUUUCUUGUCACUUGUGUCCAAAGUCAACUACAAUACAACUGUACUUCUUGCCACAAUCAUUGUUGCAAAGCAGGGCAAAGCGGCUUGAGUUAGGCGUACUGUUCUCCUCUAUCUUAAAGCAUCUCUAGUAGACACCGCAUUUCCGGCAAAACUGUAAAAUAAUUGCCGUUUUGCCGUUUUGGGCCGAAAAAACGCUGCCAGACCAGAUACCAUAAAACUGACCGGCCUGCAAAAAAAUUUGAGGGGCGCGGCAAUUUCCCCCUCCGGAACUGUCAAAAAGGCAUUUGCGUGGUCGGCCCGAAGGCGCCCUCUAUCCCUAGAUUGAUUUGGCGGGAGGGACAUUUCACCGCGGCAGUUCCGGCUUUCCCCCUCCGCCGCCGGCGCAAAUCUUCACCUCCCCGCUCCGGCAGACCUCACCGCGGCCUCCAGUGAGGCCAUGGACACCCCCGACUCCACGCUCAUCACUGUGGAAGUAGGGUUAGCCAAAUCGACGGCGGGCAGCGCCGCGGUGGAUCUCCCCACUAGUGAUGUUGUGGGCGCGUCCGAAGCUUCCUCCGGCGUUGUUCCUCGCAAGCGACUGAGCAACGUCAUCGUGCAGGGAGGCACGCCCGCUCCUGCCGCCACCGUAGCCGCCCCGAAGAGGGGUGCUCGCACUACAGCUCGCGCUGCCGCUCGCCCUACCAUCGUCGGUAACAUUGGUGAUACCGAGCCGGCGCAGCCUGUGAGGAACGUCGUGGCAAAACGCAAGCGGGCGCCUGCAGCCAAGAAGGCCCCUGCGAGUUCUACGCUCGCCCCCUGCCUCCGCCCCACCGGUGUUCGAUGAAAUGCCUGCAAGGUACGUCCGCCCCCACCAGUUUUGAUUGUCGCCGUUCGGGUUUUAGCUCAAUAAUUUGGGGACUAUGCGACUCUUUGUAGCUCCGACUAUGCGGCUCUCCUUGAGGUAAACGCAGUGAACAAUGAGAAUGCACCCCUCGAAGAUUAUGUAUACGACAAGAUGGACGGCGGGGUACACGGUGGCGGCGAUGAAGAGGAUGAGUUGCAAGAGAUUGAAGGGGAGGUCUUCGAGGCAUCGCAAACAGCAACAUAUAGCAAAAGGUCGAAGAGCUAUACCCAAAUAGAGGAUGAGGUGCUGAUCCGAGCUUGGGAGGCCGUGUCCCUCGAUGCCAUCCACGGCACCGACCAAACCGGGAAGAGGUAUUGGCAAAUGAUAGAAGACAAGUUCUUCCGGUUGAUGCCAAGGAAUGUUGAGCCGACACCACGCACCUAUAGACCACUCCAAGGAGGUUGGGAUGUGAUCAAGGCGGCGGUUAGCCGGUGGUGUGGAUGCUUGGAGCAAGUGUACAAUGCACCUCCAGGUGGCACUAAUGAAGCCGAUUGGG